UCACCAGCCUUUGAAUCUAGAAGGAGAAAUGCUUGUCUGUUCUAUCUGUUUGAAGAGAUUUUAAACAUAUGCGUGAACAUAAAAGUUUCGAGACACACACACCCGAGAGUGUUCCAGUGCACUGACCGUGGAAAGAGCUUUAACCAGUUACACAACCUGAAAAAACAUCACACCACUCACAACCGGGAGAGACUGUAGACGUGUUCUGUGUGUGGAUGAGGCUUCAACUGAUCAUCGAACCUAGAGUGACACAAGGCUAACCGAACCAUGGAGAAACCUUGGAAAUGUGGGGACUGUGGGACGGGAUUCAAAUCCCCAUCUGAGCUGGAGAUUCAUCGACGCAGUCACAGCGGGGAGAGGCCGUUCACUUGCUCCAUGUGUGGGAAAGGAUUCACUCAUUCAUCCUCGCUACUGACACACCAGCGAGUUCACACUGGGGAGAGGCCGUUCACCUGCUCUCUGUGUGGGAAGGGAUUCAGUAGUUCAUCCCACAUGAUGACACACCAGCGUGUUCAUACGGGGGAGAGGCCAUUCUCCUGCUUCGAGUGUGGGAAGGGAUUCAGUGAUUCAUCCAACCUGCUGAUGCACCAGCGAAUUCACACCAGAGAAAGGCGGUUCACCUGCUCUGAUUGUGGGAAGGGUUUCACUCAGUUAUCCCACCUGCAGUCACACCAGCGAGUUCAUUCUGGAGAGAAACCAUUUACAUGCUCUCAGUGUGGGAAAGGAUUCAGUAAUUCAUCCAACCUGCUGAGACACCAGCGAGUUCACACUGGGGAGAGGCCGUUCAUCUGCUCCGAGUGCGGGAAAGGAUUCAGCAAUUCAACCCAGCUGCAGACACAUCAGCGAGUUCACACUGGGGAGAGGCCAUUCAGCUGCUCCAAGUGUGGGAAGGGAUUCAGUAAUUCAUCUGACCUGCAGAAACACAAGCGAGUUCACAGUGGGGAGAGGCCAUUCAUCUGCUCUGUGUGCGGGAAGGGAUUCAUUGUUUCAUCCACUUUGCUGGCCCACCAGCGAAUUCACACCGGGGAGAGGCCUUUUACCUGCUUCGAGUGUGGGAAGGGAUUCAGUAAUUCAUCCAGCCUGCUGACACACCAGCGAGUUCACAUCGGGGAGAGACAGUUCAUCUGUUCUGAGUGUGGGAAGGGAUUCACUGAUUCAUCCACCCUGGUGAGGCACCAGCGAGUUCACACCUGGAAGAGGCCAGCACCUGCUCUGAGUGAGGGAAGGGAUUCACUCAGUCAUCCCACUAGAUAUCAGAAGGGAAGGAUUUGCAGACAGAAAUCUCAAAUUAAACAUCGCAUCAAGAUCUGACGCAGUGAUUCGAUUCAUAGGACCUGACUAUCACUGGCCUUGAACCUGGAAGGAGAAAUGUAUGUCUUUUCUGUUUGCUUCAAGAGAUUUUAAAUAUCAGUGUGACUGGAAAAGUAGCGACACACACGCCCGAGUGAGAUUGUUUCCAGUGCACUGACUGUGAAAAGAGCUUUAACCAGUUACACAGCCUGAAAAAAUACCACACCAUUGACAGUGCGAAGAGACCGUGCAUGUGUACUUCUGUGUGAGGACGAGGCUUCAACUGAUCACUGAACCUGGAGAGACCCACGGACACCUGCAUCAUGGAGAAACCAUGGAAACGUGAGGACUGUGGGAAGGGAUUCAAAUACCCUUCUCACCUGGAAAUUCAUUGGCGCAGUCGCAGUGGGGAGAGGCCAUUCAUCUGCUCUGUUUGUGGGAAGGGAUUCAGUCAGUUAUCGUCCUUGGAGUCACACCAGUGACUUCACACCAGGGAGAGGCCUUUCAUGUGCUUUGUGUGUGGGAAGGGAUUCACUGAUUCAUCGAACCUGCAACACACAAGCAAUUUCAUACCAGGGAGAGGCCGUUCACCUGCUCUGAGUGUGGCAAGGACUUCAGUCAGUUAUCCCACCUGCAGGGACACCAGCGAGUUCACACUGGGGAGACACUAUUCACCUGCUCCGAGUGUGGGAAAGGAUUC